AUGUUUCCAGGCGUUGCGGUCAUCACCGGUGCUGGCGGCACAGGAAUCGGCGCUGCAACUGCAAAGGCCUUUGCUGAAGCUGGGUGUGAACGAAUCGCGAUCACAGAUGUGAAUGAGGAUUCUCUCCAACAGACCGCAGAUGCUAUUCGGUCAACCCACCCUAACAUCCAACUUCACAUCCAAGCUGGCAAUAUCGCAGACGACCACUUCGCAGACUCAUUUAUUGAAGAAACAGUCAAAUCAUUCGGUCGAGUUGACUAUGCCGUGAACUGCGCAGGAGUCAUCGGCAAAUCCUUGCGAUCGGCAGAAACCACCCUUGAAGAAUUCGACCGCGUGAAUACCAUCAAUUAUCGAGGCUGUUGGCUCUCGUCGCGCGCAGAGCUUAGACAGAUGGCCGCUCAGGAUGGUCUCCCGAGUCAUGAUCCCUCUAGACCGCCCCAGCGCGGUGCUAUUGUGAAUGUUGCCAGUCAGUUAGGGAUUGUCAGUCGCCCGGGUGCCCCUACAUAUUGCGGAUCGAAGUCUGCCGUUAUCGGAUUGACGCGGGCUGAUGCCAUUGAUUACUCACAAGACAAUAUUAGAGUCAAUUGUGUGUGUCCUGGUGUUAUUGAAACUCCAUUGGUGAUGGAGAAGCCCGAGGUUCGAGCGGCUAUCAUGCCAGCUGUGAAUACUGCGCCGAUGAAAAGGAUGGGUCAACCGGCAGAGGUGGCUGAUGCUAUUCUGUUCUUAUGUUCGACUCGGGCAUCUUUUGUACAAGGCCAUGCAAUGGUGGUGGACGGUGGAUAUAUUACUGUCUGA